CUCCGAGCUGCUAGCAUCAAUGUUAUUAUACGCUUGUAUAUAAAGGUUUGCUAUCGGCAAUUGUAUUGAUUCAGUUAUAUCACUACAUCAUACAAGUGUUGAUUUCAAUCUCAUCAUUAGGCCACUCAUAAAUAGCGGUUUACAUAUCAAUACAAUGGAGAAAAAAGCAAAGUUUUAUUUUGUCUCGGAGACUGGAGCUGAUUCAAAGAGCACUAUAAUUAAAGUCAAAAGAAUUCAAUUACUCGAUCAUGAGGAAAGUUUUUUGUUUCCAGAAAAUAAACAAACAAGUGCUCAACACGAACAGUUAUUUGAGGACAAAAUUGUUAAGAAUGUGUUCAAAAGUUUAAAGGUGCGCAACAAAUUUCGCAAUGUCAUCAUAACCUUAUCUGACGGACUAGAGAAGAUAUACUUGGACACAGAAGGCAAUGUAGUGUUGUACGACGAAUAUUUGGAAGAAGUAAACACAGCGCAAGAAUCAAGUGUAAACAGUGUGUCAACAGCAACAACAUCACUUGAAAGAAAACCGAGUUCUCUGGUAAAAGACAUAGUGAUUAAGAAAUUUAACGGAGAUAAUACCAAUGCGAAUGCUUGGAUUAAUUUAUUUAUUCAGGAAUGUAACAGAGUAGGGAUUUUACAAAAUAAAUACGCUGAAGUGUUAAGAUUGUUUUUAGAGAAAUCAGCUUUAGAUUGGUAUAAUGUAUUUAUAAAUGAGAUCUCUAUGUUGAAUUGGGAGGCAUGGAAUAAUGCCUUUAUCGACACCUUCGCUGCACAAUCCUGGAUAGAUAUAGAAUAUGCUUAUAAUUAUAAGUUCUACAAUGGCUCGUUAUUAGAUUUAGCGUUAAAGAAAAGAAGAUUGUUAGAAAUGGAUGAUAGUUUGUCUACUAACACACAAAUAAACAUGAUAGUGAUUAGCUUACCAAAAUUUAUCCAAAAUAAGUUAGAAAAUCCAUUACAAGUAUAGAAAAUUUAAUAAACAUUUUUUAAUUUUAAUAAUAAAUUUAAUAAAAAUUUAAUCACUCAUAAAUAGCGGUUUACAUAUAUAUAUGUGCGUGCGCGCGCGUGUGUGUAUAGUUAAAAUAAUAAGAAUUUUUAGUAUAGUUUUUAUGGAUCCCUUUGAGAAUAUGUAAUACCGUACAUGUUAGAACCAUCUUAACUAAUGGAAAAAUAAGAAAACUAUGAGAUUAUCUUUUCAAAGUAAUAUUGCUUUUAUCGUAUAUAUUUUUGUUUUGGAAAAAGAUGCUUAUCAAAUUUAUUGGUAAGUAAUACUAACGUUUUUCAAAUGAUGGAAAUAUGUUAUGGACUAUAGCAACAAUUCUUUUCAUAACGUGGAUUGAACGAAUUCUUACAUUAUGAAUCCUAGGCAUUUUAUGAGAUUAAAAUUAAUAGCCUUAGUUUGAAAGUGAAAAAGCAGCCGAUCAACAUUCCCUCUCACAUGGUAAAAAGCGAUGUAGCUUAGAUUAGUAUGAGAAGGGCUAACGAGUGGCUGGUUUCCGUCGACGAUUAAAACUUUUUAAGUGGCCACUUGCUCAGAACAACGAACGAAAACCUAUCUCUUCACGAGUUGCUGUGCUUUGUUUGAAUGUUCGUGAACGAGUUUUAGAAGCUUGAGCUGCUUGAGAGUGUUUCAAAUACUUUGUUUGUAGAGGAUUAAGUAAGGUAAUGAUUAAAAAUUUGACAAUCUUUUUAAAUUAUAAUAUUAAUUUUUUCGACACAUAAAUAA